AUGGCUCCCAAACGAUAUGGCGUCCUCGGAUGGUAUGACAAGCUCGCUGCCUUCAAUAUCGAGAGCCUUUUCUCCAAACCGCGCGAACCAGGUCCUCCUCGCUCGAUCUAUGUCAACCAAGAGCUCCCGGCAGACUAUUACGACCAGAAGCAGAGGGUGAAGAAGGAGCACGUGUACUGCACCAACCAGGUCAUCACGUCCAAGUACACCCUCAUUACCUUCGUACCCCGCAAUCUGCUCGAGCAGUUCAGGAGGGUCGCCAAUGUCUUUUUCCUCGGUAUUGCCAUCCUCCAGUUCUUCUCCAUCUUCCCUACUGUCUCUCCGGGGCUUGUCAUACUCCCGCUGCUGGUCGUCCUGGUUAUUACUGCUCUCAAAGAUGGGUAUGAGGACGUUAAGCGCCAUCAGUCAGAUCGCAACGUCAACUAUGCACAAGUGCGUGUACUCACUGGCGGUGGUUGGACGAACCCCAAUGCGACGUCUGGCAAGAGCAAGACGUUCGUCCCUGCAAUCACCCCCAAAAUUACGCCCAAAUUCCUCCGGAAGAAGAAUUCCGUGUCUACCAUGGACACGGAGGUCGUAGAACUAGAACCUGCCGCUCCGCCAGAGGCUGUAGAGACUUCCGCCGAGGAGUACGAUUCCGCCGACGAUGAGGAGCCUGUCGAGGAGCUCGGGCUUGGUGAAGAGCUCGGGCUCGGUGGGAUCUUUCACCUUCAGAGGAAAGAUGAGCGGGCGCAUUGGAAGAAGACGAUCUGGGAGGACGUACGGGUGGGGGAUGUGGUAAAGAUCGUGGAGAACGAGUCGUUCCCUGCGGACAUCCUGAUCUGUGCGACGUCCGAGGAUGAGAACGUGGCGUUUGUAGAGACGAAGAACCUGGACGGCGAGACGAAUCUCAAGUCUCGCACCGCGUCGCCCGCUCUCAUGCACCUGCGCACCGCAAGCGCGUGUGCAGAUCGCCGCAAUGCGUUUCGGAUCGACUGCGACCGGCCAGACACCAACCUCUACAAAUUCAAUGCAACCGUGGUCGUUGGAGAAGACAAGUCGUCCGUGGAUACUCUGAACGUGUUGUUGCGAGGAACAGUUCUCCGAAAUACACGCUGGGCAAUUGGUAUUGUGGUCUUUACGGGGCAGGACGCCAAGAUCGUGAUGAACUCGGGCGGCGCCCCGAGCAAGCGCAGCAAAGUCGAGCGACAGAUGAAUCCCCAAGUUUUCAUUAAUUUGGCGUUGCUGGCUGUGAUGGCUAUGGUGUGCGGUAUCGUUGAUGCCGUCUUGGAACAGCGAUUGUAUCCGGAGGGUGCCCCUUGGCUGUUCGACGAUAAUCGGGGAAAUAACAACCCGCACGUCAAUGGGGUGAUCACCUUCGCGUUUGCACUCAUCACGUUCCAGAAUAUUGUCCCUAUCUCAUUAUACAUUUCGCUGGAGGCCGUGCGCACAUGCCAGGCCCUGUUCAUCUAUUUUGACCGCGAAAUCUACUACAAGAAGAAUGACCAGCCAACGCUUGCUCGGAGUUGGAAUCUUUCUGACGACCUGGGUCAGAUUGAUUACAUCUUUUCAGAUAAGACAGGCACAUUAACUCAGAAUGUCAUGGUUUUCAGACGAUGCUCCGUCGGCGGUCACUGCUAUCAAGGGACGAACGAAAGCGAUGAGAUUGCAAAAAUCGGAAUUCAAAAGGAUUCCGAGGACGUCGAUCUGCGAUUUUCCAUCUCGUCCGGCUCGCACACGCCACUCGGGAAGGAGAGGAACAGCACCCCUUCGAGCUCGGAUGUCCCAGAUCCAUCGGCAGCGGAAAAGGUGGCGGAGGACGUGCCCAUGCACUUCCACGACAGCAUCCUCAACGCCGAUAUCGCCGCGGCCGCGCGCGCAGAGCCCGGUACGGCGGAGUCAGAGCAAGCGCCGAUCCUAAAUGGUUUUUUCUCAACGCUUGCGCUCUGUCACACCGCUCUCGUCUCCGUCGACCCACAGUCGGGCGCGAUUCAGUACAAGGCGCAGAGUCCCGAUGAAGCGGCACUGGUGCAGGCAGCCGCGGACGUUGGCUUCGUGUUUCGCCGCCGCGAUCGUGAGAUACUCACGCUGCAGACUCCGUUCUCGUCGCAGUACGAGAAGUAUGAGCUACUGAACAUUCUGGAGUUCACCUCGACGCGCCGGCGCAUGAGCGUCGUCGUGCGGAGACUGGACGAUGAGGACAAACGGCUGUUCUUACUGACCAAGGGCGCCGAUAACGUUAUCUUCGAGCGAUUGCGACCGGGAGAGAACGAGCUGAGGAAGAAGACGGAGGAUGAUCUCGACGAGUUUGCCAGCGAGGGACUGCGGACGCUCACCCUCGCAUACAGGAUUAUUCCAGAUGACGAGCAUAGGGCUUGGAACAAGCGCUACCAGGAGGCCACGGUGUCGCUUGAAGACCGUGAGAGCAAGAUAGAUGCCUUGUACGAGGGAUUGGAGCAUAGUUUGAUCUUACUAGGCGCCACUGCUAUUGAGGAUCGCUUGCAGGAUGGUGUUCCGGAAACCAUUGCCGACCUCAAGGAUGCAGGGAUCAAGAUCUGGGUCGCCACGGGGGACAAGCUCGAGACAGCCAUCGCCAUCGGCCACAGCACCAACCUAAUCGGGCGCGAGGACAACAUUGUCAUCGUUCGCGGGGCGUCUGGACCCGAGAGCGCCAAGUCCGUCUACGCACAGAUGCUCGGCGCAGUGAAGGACUUCUUCCCGGAAAGCGGGAUCCUGGACGAGGAUGGCGUGUUCCUCGAGGAGACGGUGUCGCAAUCUGGUGGCGCGUACCCGCUGCAGCGCAUGAACACCGGUGUGACCUCGCUCGUGGGGCAAGGCAACGGCGAUCGUCCGGGAGGUUUCGUCCUCGUCAUCGACGGUAGCGCUUUGCACGACGCGCUGGGUGACGAUAGGCACAAGCAUUUGUUACUUCGCCUGUCGAUGCAGUGCGAGGGAGUAAUCUGCUGCAGGGUGUCGCCCGUGCAGAAGGCGCAGAUUGUCAUGCUUGUCAAGGACGGUUUGGAUUGCAUCACGCUCGCUAUCGGCGACGGUGCCAACGACGUCAGCAUGAUCCAGGCAGCUGAUGUUGGUGUUGGUAUCUCCGGUGAAGAGGGUUUGCAAGCUGUCAAUUCGUCGGACUACGCCAUCGCUCAGUUCCGGUUUUUGAAGAGGUUGCUUCUAGUUCACGGGCACUGGUCUUAUGCUCGGAAUGGUAAUAUGAUUGUGAAUUUCUUUUACAAGAAUAUUAUUUGUAUCGGAGUCCUGUGGUGGUUCCAGAUCUAUUGCGGAUGGAGCAGUCAAUACGCUUUUGAGUAUACCUACCUCCUGUGGUGGAACACCUUCUUUACCGUCGCGCCUGUCAUCGCCAUUGGUCUAUUCGAUCGUGUCGUUGAUGAUCAUGUGCUCAUGGCAUUACCGGAGCUUUACAAUCACAGUCGUAAGGGCGAAUACUUCGGUCUAAAAUUGUUCUCGAUCUAUAUGUUUGACGGCGUCGUUCAGUCUGCCAUCAUAUUCUUCCUCAUCAACUACGCGUACUUUACCACGACUUCACGCGCAGAUGGGUGGGGCGUGUAUCAGUAUGAGUAUGCUGUGACUAUGGCAAUUGCGGCAGUCCUGACUGCCAAUCUAUUCAACGGCCUCAACACUGCAGUAUGGACAGGCUGGGUAUUCUUCGCAGUUGCCCUUGGUAUUGUGCUGGUGUUAAUAUACACCGCCUUUUACUCCGCCAUCUCUCCCGGCUGGUUCUCCACCCCUAUCUAUGGCAACAACGCUUAUUUAUGGCCGUCACCGUACUUCUGGCUCGGCAUUUUCCUGACAGUGGUCCUCGCGCUCCUUCCACGGUAUGUUGCGAAGGCAUACAAAUUCGGAUUCCAGACCGACGACAUCGACCGCGUGCGGUGGAUCCAUAAGGAGGACCCUCAUCACGAUUUCUCGAAAGACAGAGAGGCCGGCCUGGCCAAUCUGAAGCGACCCGCAAGUCGACAUAGCCACCUCCAUCGUCCUCGUCUCUUCGGUGGGAGCCGCACAGACAUGUCCACUGGCCUCCGGUCCGUCGAUCGUGGUUUCGACUUCGCGACGGAAGAGAAUGGCAUUGCGCUACGUCGGAUGCAAACCAAUCUGUCUGAGCGUCAUCAGCGUGCCCCGUCAAAACGGAGACUAUCAGUCUUGCGGUUCUCAAUGCCGCUCAGUCUUCGCCGCAAGAAGCCCCCACCAGCUCCCGAGCCCGAGCCCGAGCCCGACCUCCAUCCAUCCUCCUCACCACCAGAAUCGUCUUCAUCGUCGAAACCCACAUAA